AUGUGGGCACUUGAUAGCUAUGAGGGUUCACCCAUCCCAAUUAUAACAUUCUUUUCUAUUGCGCCUAAAAUGUCUAUUUCUGUAAAUAUGUCAUGUGUUUCUAUUGCUGGUUCCUAUGGAAUGUAGUGCAACAAAUCUUCUUUUUCAAUAGCAUUGCUUCUAUGAUCUUAUGAGCACUAGCUGUCAUGGCCAAUGAAAGUCAAAAGACCUCUAGUGCUCGAUUGGACAUGUAAACUAUAUUCAAAUUAAUUUAUCAUGUAGAACUAUAGAAAGAAUUCAAUCACUAUUAAUUAGUUGUUAUAAUUAAUCUCAAUUUGUAAAAUUAUAUAUGAAUUCUAUAUUAUGAGAUUAUCGUUGAAUUAAUUCUACCUAAAAGGAUUCAUUGAAGUUUAAGUAUUUGAUAUUACAGCCUCUCUCGUAAGUAUAAGUAUAAAUAUAAAUAUGUGUAGAGACUGUCUUAUUUUAAUUUUAUGAUGUUUCAAAUUAGAAAAAGACACUAAGAAGCUAACCACCUCCCAUCUAUAAAUAAAGGGUCAUAGUUUUUGAGUCACACAUUGAAAGUCAUUCUCAGAAUAGAUUCAAGUAUGACUUUAAUUCAUUCUCAUUAUAUUUUUAUAAUUAUUUAUUUAUCUCAACAUUAGAUCUUUUAGAUUCAACAUUAGUAUUUUUAUUUAUACAUAAAUGAUGAUAAAUACAUUUUUCAUAGUAAUAGUAUUAUGACAAACCCAUGUCAAAUAUAUAACAGUUUUGGGUGCUCUAACCAAAAUGAAUCUUAUUUUGGCUAUAACCUUCUCCAUUACAAUGUUAUCAUACAUAGUAAUACCUUCAUUUGUUGACUUUUUUAGCAAAUUUUAUUUGUUAUUCGCCACAUUAGGUUGUAGGGCUUACUUCUUAGCCCCAAUGGGGAUAGUCACUAACGUUAUAGGUCAUUGGGCAGCCGGAAGGUUGCUAUAA